GGAAUCUAGUAUUUUUUAUUACAGUGAAAUACAUAUGUGACUGAAGCGUCUGCUGACGUUUAGGUUAUUACGCAUGCGCGAGUUUGUCCCUCCGACUCACAGCUGAUCCGAGCACGUGUGCUCGCGACAAUUUUGAACAAUGACGACGCGUUACAUCUCCUGUUCGUGCAACCGCGUGCCACAUUGCGUCGAUUGGGGCAGCAACGGCCUCAUCUGCUUCGGAACAUGCAACGCGAUCGCGAUAUACAAGCCAUGCACGCACAUCGGUCGCGUUACACACACGUUGCAUCGGCAUCGCGACCGCGUCAACACAGUACACUGGAUAAGAUCGGGAGAUGGUGCGCCGGAGAAGGAAUUCCUGUCCGGUUCCGUGGACGGAACCGUGAUCAUCUGGAGCGAGGAUCGUGAAGAUGGCUUUCGAGUUACCUCGGUGUUGGACGUGGGAAAUGUCGUUACCUUCGCCGACUCCCUCCAAUUAUCCGAUGUUUCCACUGCUUUCCCAAGAUUGUUGAUAUGCACAGGUUCAAUCAACGGCGAGUUAAAAUUGUGGUCGAGGAAUGAAAACGCGGACGUCGAAGUUAUUCAGACCAUUUCCUAUGGAAGGAAAUUACCGAUACACUGUCGUCUGAUGUACUUGCCAAAUACUAAAUGUGCUCUCUUAGCUGUAGCAUUGGAGAAUGCUUCCGUCUUAUUGUAUACCAAAGAUUCUGAGGUAUCAGAAUCAAAUUUUAUAAGAGUCCAGAGUCUACUCGGACACCAAGAUUGGGUAAGAUGUAUUGAUUUUCAUCACGAUGACAAUGGGAAUCUUUUCCUUGCAACGGGGUCGCAAGAUAACAUGAUACGAUUAUGGAAAAUUACUAAAGCUGUCAUGGAAUCAUCGAGUGAUGAGCUUGAACAAAAAAGGGAAACCUUUAUGAUAAACGAUAGAGAAUAUAAUAUUACUCUGGAGUCUGUGCUUUCUGGUCAUGAAGGUUGGGUUUACGGAGUGCACUGGCAGCCUAUAAAAGCAAACAAUCACCAAGCAAUGAGAUUACUAUCCUCCUCUCUAGACAAGUCUAUGAUCAUAUGGGAACUGGAUGAUUCCAAUGGAAUUUGGACAGAGAAAGUACGUGUUGGCGAAGUCGGUGGCAAUUCUCUAGGCUUCUAUGGCUGCAAAUUUGGUCCAGAUGGAUUACAUAUAUUGGGACAUGGUUAUCAGGGUUCUUUUCACAUCUGGAAAUAUUCUCAAGAAAUUGCAAAUUGGAUUCCACGAUCUACACCCAGUGGUCAUUUUUCUGAAGUAGUUGACUUGUGCUGGGAACCAAGAGGAAGAUUUCUCAUCACAGCCAGCACAGAUCAAACUACGAAAGUUCAUGCGCCAUGGAAAGACGGGCUUAAAGAAUUAUGGCAUGAAAUCGCGCGUCCUCAGAUACAUGGAUACGACAUGUCGUGUUUAGUUAUGUUAGCACCAUAUAUGUAUGCUUCUGGAGCAGAGGAAAAAGUGGUACGUAUUUUCGCAGCUACAACAGCGUUUAAAAAUCGUCUAAGACCAUUAGCAAAUGUCGAAGACUUCAAAUCUACAGUGGCCCAUGGUGCUACUGUACCUUCUCUUGGAUUAACGAAUAAAGCAACGUUUGAUGAAAAAAAUAAUCAGUGUGAAAACGAAGGAAAUCCAAUGACGAAGGAUACAUAUGAACCGCCCACAGAAGAGGAAUUAGUGCAAAAUACACUCUGGCCGGAAUUACAAAAGCUUUAUGGACAUGGUUACGAAAUAUUCUGCAUGGCAGCGAGACACGAUGGACAAUUGCUAGCUACAGCAUGCAAAUCAGCUAAUAUAGAACACUCUGCAAUUAUAUUGUGGAGCACCGACACAUGGUCGCAAGUUCAGAAAUUGGUUUUUCAUCAACUGACAGUGACACAAAUGGAGUUCUCUCCGAAUGAUAGAUAUUUGCUAUCUGUCUCCAGGGAUAGAAGAUGGUCGCUAUUCAAGAACGAAGGCGAAAGUUACGCAUUAAUCGCAGUUAGUUCGAAGAAAGACGGUCUGCAUUCGCGAAUAAUUUGGUGUUGUGCUUGGACGAAUGAUUCGAGUUAUUUCGCGACUGGUUCCAGAGAUGGAAAAAUUGGUAUAUGGUUUGUAAAAAUGAUGGAGGACAACACUAAAGAUAUUAAGCCAGUAACGACUGUAGACACACAAAACCAAUCAGUUACAGCGCUAUGCUUUGCGCCAAGCUGUCUAGAUAGAUCUUAUAUUUUGGCUGUUGGAUAUGAAACAGGAUGCAUAAAAAUUCUAAAAAUCAAAGAGGAUCUGUUGAGUGUAUCGACAAUGUUGGCAUAUGAUACCUCCCAAGCUCAUCACUUAACAGUAAAAAGACUUAUGUUUCGACCUAGCAAUGAACAUUCAUGCGAUACAUUGCAAUUAGCAAGUUGUAGCUCUGAUCAUUCAGUCAAGAUACAUGAUAUAAAUUUAUCAUCGUUAAUGCUAAAUAUAUGAAUUUUAUAACAUCCAAAUAAAUUCUUAACUUCAAUAUUGUAUUAUACUUGUGUAAAAUUAUACACAAUCUAAUGUAACAACAUGUAUACAACAUGUAUA